AUGGCAACAUUGUGGACUACGGACACUUCUGCAAGCUUUGGCUUCUCUGAGACAAUCAUUUGCAAGUACGUCCUACACGUUAUUCAUUCGACGUCUAAAGAGCAGUCAGUCACUUUGGGGCUUGACGUGCCAUUGCAACACAAUAUUAUUGCUGACGUAAAACGUACGAUGCCUGCGUCCAAGAAACGAAUACAGAACCGUGGCGCGCUCAAUGUUGGGACUCAACAAGUGCCUGCGGUAUUAAAAGACUGGGUACAUAUUUGGCACGGGGUGAAAGUCAACAACGGGCCUGAGAAUACGUCAAUUUUUCACGCUGGCUCACGCAUUGAGGAGAUGCCAUUUUGGAAACAAUUCAUCCGCUUGCCUGCUAAUUCACUCUUUCCACGAGUCCUUACAGCUUCGAAUCCGAGAAAAACCUACAAGGAUUUUCUAUAUGUUUUGUUGAAUAUGCGAUGGCCCAUGCUGCUGACCGUAUUGCUUGGAGUUUUUAUGGUCAAUAUCUUCUUGUUUGCGGCCAUCACGUGUUAUAUCUGUAAUGAGCCAAGUGAGUUCUUUGAGGCGUUUGACUUGAGCUAUCAGACGUUUACCACGAUUGGAUUUGGGGUUGUUUAUCCUACACACACAUGUGGGAACGUCGCUAUGUCUGUAGAAUCUUUUGCAUCGAUGAUGAUCGUAUCCGCCGUUACUGGUCUCGUGUUUGCCAAGUUUGCAAGACCACAGGCCAAAGUGGCAUUUAGCAAAGUGUGCGUAGUACAACCGUAUGGGAAGAAAUACCUUGCACUGGUCGUGCGCGUGGCCAAUGCAACUCAGUCGCGUGAUGUGACACACGAUGUAAUCAUGGAAGCGGUGUUUAAAGUGAAUUUGUUGCGAGUGGAACACAAGACAAAGCAGCUUCGAGCUCAUGAUGAGAUCAUUUCGGAAAAGCGACGACGUUCUCGUAUUGCUGCAAACUGCGAUGUUUUGGAUGACGAGGAUGUUUUAGAGAAUUCCUCGUGCUCUCAAUCAAAAGUAUUGACGUCGUACAACUUAAAAUUGUUGCAGAACAAUUUUGUGACAUUUCGCAUGGGCGUUGCAGUGGUGCACGUGAUUGACGAGAACAGUCCGCUUUACGGAAUGUCUCAAAACGACAUUGCUUUAUCGGAUAUGCUGGUGGAGGUGGCGAUGUCAGGUGUUGAUUCGACUCUACAAGAUACGGUCUCUGAGAGGUAUAUCUACACGGCUGCAAAUGUGAUGUGGGGAUACCGAUUUGCUGAGUUGCUGGAUUUUGAUGAAAGUAAUGCAGAAGUAGUCAUGAACUUUGCCAAGCUUAGCACGGUAGAGACUGCCCCGAUUAAUGAUGCCCAAUAUCUUAAGUCGAGUGUCGGUACCAUGGAUGACAGCAAUACAGAUGAUGAGAGGACUAAUUCGAGCACUUCUCUAGUAACACAGGAUUUUAGCCAGCACGGACGUAAUCAACUACUAGCUAAUAACGAGAAGACUUCGAUAACAAGCACAAAUUCAGAGUCUUUUCAAGAUCUGCUGUCACUAUCAGACAAUGCCCAGUCGUCUGACCAGCAACGCUCUUAUCUAUCAAAUUUUAAGAGAAAAAGUGGUCCAAGAAAAUUUGGGAUGGGACUCGAGCCGUUGUUUGAGCCACUUCUUCACCAAUCUUUUGGAACGCAGCGACUAGCGAAAGCCCCAACUGGUGAAGUCCGAACUGCUCGAAAAGGCGGAUUGCGGGUAUGGAAGGCGCACGAUCAGACAGACGUGGAGGGAAGAAGUCAAAGGCAUAGUGUGCUGCAGCCGCCAACGCAUGCAAACCAUGUUCUUCAACGUCGCAGUAGCUGUAAAGCUGCGCUGAACGGUGUAGGUGACUUGACAGCGUUUGAAGGAUUAGAUGGCCACCGAGCUCAGCAUGUACUUCAAAAAGAGAUGGUGGGGUCGGCUCUAAUCGAUGGAGAUACCAGUACAACCUCACAAGAAGAUUCUCAGGAUGUGCUUGAGGGUUUAAAUGAUAUUGACACUCACGAAAAUAAAAGCGAAGAUGACGAAGAAAAGAGUGAUUCGGAUAAAAUGAGUCAGCGUUUGUUUCGCGCCCAGUCGUCAGCAUCUGCUGUAUCGAUUGAAGUGGAGGACACGCCACGAUUUUUACGUAUCGUGCCCGUCAACAUUCCAAAAUCUUUUAGCUUUUUACGUUUUUAUCAAAGUGCCCUCCAUGUGGGCUGGCCAAAAAUUACCGUCGUGUUUGUGCUGUCAUUUCUGGUCCUCAAUUUUACCUUUGGAUUUCUGUAUUGGUUAAACCUUGACCAUAUUUCUGUGAACGACGACAUUGUGGUGUCUGACUAUGAGCUGGCUUUUUAUAUGAGCGUACACACACUUGCAACAAUUGGGUAUGGAUCCAUUGCACCAAUGCGUGACGCCGUGUACAUGAAUGUAAUCGUUUUUAUCGAGUCAAUGGUCGGCAUUAUUGCUGUGACGAUUAUCACGGGCAUAGCAUGGUCUAAAUUCGCUCGACCACGAGCUCAUAUCCAUUUCUCGUCCAAAUUGAUCAUUUCUACCAUUUAUGGUCAUCGAUGCCUCGUAUUUCGAGCGGCCAAUACAAGGCACUCGGGCGAAGUACAUGAAAACUUUUUUCGCAUUGGCGUGAUUCUUACAAAUCGACGCACAGGUCUUCGACAAAUGUACGACGUACCACUUGUGACUGCUGAGUGGCCAUCCAUCAAGUUACCGGCGACACUAAUUCAUGUGAUUAAUGAGAAUUCACCAUUUUACAAGUUUCACUCGCUAAAUGAUCUCUCACAAUCGCGCGUCGCAGUCGUUGCUCUGUUGACGGGUUUGGAUACAACCUUUUCAGAAAAUGUCUAUGCACGUAAAACGUAUUUUUGGGAUGAUUUCGCCUACGACAUGCGCUUUGCAGACUUUGCUAUUGUCGAGCGUGAUCGUGUGUUUGUAGACUAUAAGCGCUUCGACCGUCUAAUUUCAGACGACCAAGACGAACACUUCGCGACCUCACCGGUACUUGGUAACGAGUCUCUUGUUGCUGAUUUGGUCUGA